GCUAAAUGAGUGGUGGCGGCACCUGCUGGUUUCACUUUUACAGAUGACAGCCACAUGCUUGGAGCAUUACGCGCUAAGUCAGUGAACUAUCGUUGAUCGGUAGUAUUGCGAUGAUAAUCAUAUUUUCUUCCGCCCCUUUUCGUGUCGCCUUAAUGAUUUUUGUACAUCGUUGUGUUCAAGUAGAAGUACGUACGUUCAAAUAAAAUAAUCGCCGGAAUUCAAUGGAACAUACAUACAAAGAUAAUGAAUGUCAGGACCUGUAACUCUGCGAGGUGUACUUUAUGGCGAUAUCCGUACAGCGAUUGAAUAAGGAAAUAAUUUGAAAGGUGGAUAGAAAAAAAUACUCUACCGUCAACAUGUCUGUCAUGUUAACCGCGGAUUGGUUUCCACUCGGGAGGGAGGUCUAUUUUCGGAAAUUUGAGCUGUAUCCCAUUUCCUUUCAACAAGAAGUUCAUACCCAUAACUUUGUGGUUGCUGCACCUUAUGGUGGUCCCAUUGCUGUGACACGAAACCCGAAUAAACUUGUCAAAGUACAAGGUACCGGCAAACCCGUUGUCUCUAUAUACUCGGCGUCAGGAAAGCAGAUAGCUUCGUUACAAUGGAGCAGCGGUCAGCUGGUGCUACUUGGGUGGUCUCACGAAGAAGAACUUCUAUGUGUACAGGAUGAUGGAAUGGUCCUCAUUUACGAUAUGUUUGGUACAUACCAACAUACGUUUGGAAUGGGAAGUGAAGCAAAAGAGACAAAGGUAACCGCUGCUAAAUUCUUUCCCACGGUGAAUGGGACUGGUAUAGCUGUUUUAACGUCCACAAAUCGAAUCUUCUUAGCCAACAAUGUGUCUGAACCUAAAGUGAGACAACUCGCGGAAAUUCCAAAAACCGGAGGUCAGAUUGAUAGUUGGUGUAUUAUUCCAAGUGAUCGCGAUAGCCACGUAAUAGUAGCAACUCAACAAGGAAUUUAUCAAAUACAUCAUAUCGAUCAGAAACCUCUCGCGGUUCCAUUUACCACGUAUUUCACCAACAAAGUUAAUAGUGUUACAAGGAUAGCAGUAUCUGGAAAUAACCGACAUAUUGCUCUUUACUCGGACACUGGGUAUUUGUACCUAGGUUCAAUAGAUCUAAAGAAAAAAUAUUGCGAAUGCUUCACCAAUGUCAAAGAAUCACUCUCCGACAUGGCCUGGUGUGGAACAGAAGCUGUAGUCUGCUGUUGGAAUAGCAUUGCCAUAGUGGUGGGAAGAACAGCAGAAAUGAUCACAUACACUUAUGAUGGACCAGUGCACCUCAUUACCGAAAUUGAUGCUGUACGAGUUUUGUCGAAUUCGUCUCAUGAAAUGAUACAAAAAGUACCAAAAGUCGUGCAAAAAAUAUUCCGAAUAAAUUCAACAGAUCCUGCGUCCUAUUUGCUGGAAGCUUCCAAGCAAUUUCAAAAGAGGUCUCACAAAGCUGAUAGCUACAUGGAUCUUGUUAGAGAGAAAUUAGAUACGGCGAUACAAGAUUGUAUUGACGCUGCUAGCUAUGAGUUUAACUUUGAAACCCAAAAACUCCUCAUGAGGGCAGCAAAAUUUGGCAAGGGUUUCAGCAAAAACACUAAUCCUGAUUAUUAUGUAACCAUGUGCCGCCAACUGAGAGUUUUAAACGCCAUUCGUCAUCCUGCUAUUAGCAUUCCGUUGACAUAUACGCAAUUACAGGUUUUGUCUAGCCAAGUGUUACUAGAUCGGCUGGUUGCCAGAAGGCAUUAUUAUCUGAGUAUCCAAAUCGCCCGACAUCUUCAAUUACCAGAGGUAGAUGGCGAGAGCAGAAUACUUGCCCAUUGGGCUUGCUACAAGGUCAAGCAAACUCAGCUGGAUAAGGAACAGAUUGCGGAAGAAAUAGCAGAUAAGUUAGGGUACGCACCGGGAGUUUCGUACAGUGAAAUUGCGAUUAAAGCAGCAGAUUGUGGCAGAAAACAGUUAGCUAUCAAACUAAUUGAUUAUGAGCCAAGAGCUCAACUGCAAGUGCCCCUGUUAUUGAGAUUGAGUGAAAAACACGCUGCUCUUUAUAAAGCUGUGGAAAGUGGAAAUACAGAUCUAGUGUACACAGUCAUUCUGCACCUUCAGAAGAAUAUGCCACUUGCCGAUUUUCAGAGGUUCAUCAUGAGAUCUCCGUUAGCCAUGGCAUUGUACAUCAAAUAUUGUCAAGGACACAACAGGGAAGCCUUGCCAGAUAUUUAUAACCAGCAUGAUGAUUUUCAUUCCUUUGCUUUAUGGUUCAUCAAAGAAAGCUAUCACCCAAAGAAUUCCAUAUCCAGAGAUACGUAUUUGCAGUCAGCCCAAGAAAAGUUUAGACUCGCUCGAAGUGAAUCAAACGCAGCACUUACUGAGGAACAACUAAAACUCUUACGCUAUCAGCGAUCUCUAGAAGAUACUCUGCAUGAACCAAUUGUAGGAAAACCUCUUCAUGAGACUGUGAAGCUUCUGCUUCUACAAGAUGAACUGAAACUUGCGGAUAAACUGCGCUCGGAAUACAAGUUACCCGAUAGACGUUACUGGUGGUUAAGAAUCCAAUGUCUUGCAAAAAAUGCCUCGUGGGUCGAAUUGGAGAAAUUUUCAAAGAGCAAAAAAUCGCCAAUCGGUUAUGAGCCAUUUAUUGACGAGUGCCUGAAAUAUAAUAAGCUAGAAGAAGCAAUAAAAUAUUUGCCAAGAGUUAAAGAUGAACUUAAAGUCAAAUAUUUUGCAAGAAUUGGUCUGCUUCUGGAAGCUGCUCAAUUGGCACUAGAGCAGAAAGAUCUCUCAGCGCUAACAUAUGUUCGGGCUCAAUGUGGGCCGACAGAUGCAGAUACAGCGCAUAAGAUAAAUGAUAUGAUAGCAACUCUACGCAAUGGAAAAUGAAAGUUGCACAAAUUGGGUGCUGCAUGAAAAAAAUUCACUACACCUGGCAAAGAUGAAAACCCUCUCUUGUGUAUUUGGGGAGGUUGUAUUGUCAACAAACAACAAUAUUAUGGGCGAUAUGAUUACAUAUUCACCACUGUCAAUGAGCGUUCUGUAUAAAUAUUAUUUACACUGCUCGCACAAUGCGACUUGAUAAUUUUUUGGGACCCUGACAGCAAAUAUGUCGUACAGUCCUAUUUAUGAACUGGAAUACAUUGUCCCUCCACAGUUGACGCCGUGACACCACUUUUUUAUUCCACAAUAAUAUACAAUGAAUAUACUUGUGUAUUUACGGGUCACAUUUGCAAGUACUCGAUAUACUUAAAUUAUAACGAUUUCAGGUUGUAUUCUUGAACAUUAAAUCCCCUUCUUACAGUUGGC